AUAACGGACAAAACGUUAACAACUUUAGUUGAUGAGUUUGCUCUUUCAAGUUUUCCUUUUCCCAACAUUGACUGAUCUGAUACGAUACAAGUCACUUUUGGGCCCCACUUGAACUUCUCUUCCACUGUUUCACAGAUCUCAUCCAAUUUAUAUAAACCUCUUUGAAGAUCCAUUUUCUUCAACCUCUACCUGCUUCUCCCAUUUCCACACUCUUCACACAGGUUUGGGGUGCUUGAUUAACAACAAGUUAUAAUGGCUGCCCUGAAACCAGGUGUGAUUGCUUUGUUUGAUGUUGAUGGGACUCUUACAGCUCCUAGGAAGGCGGCUCCUCCAGAGAUGUUGAAGUUCAUACAACAACUACGAAAGAUUGUAACAGUUGGAGUGGUUGGGGGUUCUGAUCUAGUAAAGAUAUCUGAGCAACUUGGCCAGACAGUUAACGAUGACUAUGAUUAUGUAUUUUCUGAGAAUGGUCUUGUGGCUCAUAAAGAAGGAAAGCUCAUUGGAACUCAGAGCUUGAAGACAUUCGUUGGAGAUGAAAAUCUCAAGGAAUUUAUUAAUUUUACACUUCAUUACAUUGCUGACUUGGAUAUCCCUAUUAAGAGGGGAACAUUUAUAGAGUUCCGUAGUGGGAUGCUGAAUGUGUCACCGAUCGGGCGAAACUGCAGCCAAGAAGAAAGAGAUGAGUUUGAGAAGUAUGACAAGGUUCAGAACAUACGCUCAAAAAUGGUUUCUAUACUUCGGGAGAAGUUUGCUCAUCUUAACUUGACAUUUUCCAUUGGAGGACAGAUAAGCUUUGAUGUUUUCCCUCAAGGCUGGGAUAAAACAUACUGCUUGAGAUACCUUGAUGAUUUCAGUGAAAUCCACUUUUUUGGUGACAAAACUUACAAGGGUGGAAAUGAUCAUGAAAUCUAUGAAUCUGAACGCACUAUCGGGCACACAGUUACCAGCCCUGAAGAUACAAUAAAGCAGUGUAAAUCUCUGUUUCUGGAAAAUUAAGAUUUUUGCAGCAGCAUAUCAUCACCAAUGCUGAAAACAACAUGGAACAAUGGUUUACAAAGGAGAGGAUCACAAGAUUCAAAUAUAUAAUUUAUUCUGAUUGUAAUUUUUCUUCGCGGCUUACAUUUUGGAUAUUAAAUAAGAAGCUUAUCAUUCAACUAUUCGAGUA